UGUCCAGUGCUGACCAAUUACCAGACUCUGGCUGUGAUGAAGAAUGGACGAGGCCCAGAAGCUCUAUUCAGGAUCCAAAUGUUUAAGUUUGUAGGCAGCUCCUACAGAGACAUCUUCCUCCACUGUAACGUCCAGAUCUGCCACAGCAGUGCAGGAGCAUGCCGGCCUAACUGCUCCACUGAGGAUGCAUCAGCACGCACACGCAGAGACGUUGCUCUGUCCCACACUGUGUCCUAUGGACCAAUAAAAAGACGUGAGGUUCACUCUGACAAAAGCAUUCUGAGUAAGUUUUAUCUGCACUUCAGUGUUUACAGUUCCAUAAAGGUGCAUGUGAUUUUGAUCACUAAGACAGUACCUUCCUACUGUAUCCAAUGACAAACAACUCUGCUCUAGAUGUAAGUGUGCCCCCAGUGGAAACCUUUGUGCUUGGAGGUCUGUUGGUGGUCCUGCUGCUCAUCACUGGUGUGUUUGGGAGGCUAUGGCUCAAAAGCAGACAGUCUUAUCCUACCCAAGAGGCCCAACUCACCCUGUCCAACAUCCACCACAUCUCAGAAGUGGCCAGCUAAGCUUGGGUCCACAAGGAAAUACCUCUCUUACACAUGCACACAGACUCAAAAUUAAAUAUGUAUUCUGUACAGUGAGCAUUAGAGUUAUAGAAUGUUGUU